AUGGUAACGUUUCUCAAUUGGAAGAAAAUUGUCAUGAGCAAUAUCUCCAAUAUGAAUACUGAUGUAUCUGAUCCGGAAACUGUCACAGGAAAUGAAGACAAGACAAAUACUAUCGAAAUUAUUGAACCGCAAAUCUCUCUCUUUCACGAAAUCUUAUUCGUUUUGAUCAUAUUUUCAGGUCAAUUUGUUACCCAGGUAAGUGUCGCACAGGGCCUUUCAUCGAUACGGAUUAUUGGUGAAUGGUUCAACAUAACUAAUGAAGCAGAACUUACCUGGUCAAUUGCAUCUUUGAGUUUGAGCGCAGGUACGUUAAUCAUCAUUGCUGGGAGAUUGGGCGAUAUUUUGGGACACAAGAGAAUGUUCUUAUUUGGGUAUGUCUGGCUAACAAUUUGGUCCUUAUUGACCGGUGCCAGUAGUUACUCCAAUGCUGUUUUUUAUUACUGCUGCAAAGGGUUCCAGGGUGUUGGUCCAGCAUUUUUGCUUCCCAACGGUCUUGCAAUUUUAGGACGUUUUUAUCCGCCAGGCAAGCGGAAGACUAUAGCCUUUGUGGUAUUUGGAGCAGGAACUCCUUUGGGGUUCGUAUUUGGAAGUAUCUUUGGUGCAAUUUUUUCCCAGUUUACUCACUGGGCGUGGAUAUAUUGGUCUAUGGGAAUAGCCUGCGCUUGUCUCACCAUUUUGGCAUUUUUGAUAAUACCACAGGAUACCCUAGAUGAAGGAAGAAAUAAGGAAUUUGACUUUUUGGGUGCCUUCACAGGAGUUGGGGGGCUUGUGCUCUUCAACGUAGCCUGGAAUCAAGCUCCCAUUGUCAAAUGGCUGACACCGUAUACGUACAUCUUGUUGGUUAUUGGGGUGCUUUUGUUGUCCAUUUUCGUUUACGUCGAAUUGAAGGUUUCGCAGCCAUUGAUUCCCAUUAAGCAGAUGUCACCUAUAGUGUUGAGAGUGUUGAUUUGUGUUGCUUGUGGGUUUGGAACUUUUGGAAUCUUGAUCUACUUCUAUUUCAACUUUCUCUUGUCUCUUCGAGGCGAUAGUCCAAUUCUUGCAGCAGUAAAAUUUACCCCAGCAAUUGUGAGUGGAUUAUUAGCAGCUGCAUUCACCGGCUUUAUGCUUUCCAAAGGAGUUACGACUCAGGUCUUGAUGGUAAUUGGACUAUUGGCAUUUGUAAUAUCAGCAGCAAUGUUAUCUGUCGUUGAUGUGCACGAUAGUUAUUGGGCAUCCUGUUUCAUUACCUUCAUUAUAGCACCCUUUGGAGUGGAUGUGUGCUUUCCCGCAGCAACGCUCCUCUUGAGUGACGUUGUACCCCACGAAUGGCAGGGCAUUUCUGCCUCUUUGGUUGCGACCGUAGUCAACUAUUCCAUAUCUUUGGCCUUGGGUGUUGCUGGAACUGCUGUGUUGAAGCAAGCACCAGGUACUGAUUUCAAUGCUGAAGUUAAAGCCACCAAGACAGCAGCGUAUGUUGGGUGCGCAUUGAGUGCUGUUGGGUCUUUAGUGGCGAUAUAUGGUGUCAUUGUGGACCACUUUAAAAGAAAUAGAAAGUCUUAG